AUGGCGACAGUAUCGGUUUGUUCCCGUCUCGGCCUGCUCAAGAGGAGUUUAGGACUCACUGCAGGGAGAUGUUCAAUUGCAUUCCGGAGAAAUUCGUCUACAAAUAUAGAUGAGUUCGACGAAUUCCAGUUGAAAUAUUUAGAAGGGGACGACACAGGUAUUGCUGUCUUUUCCAUGAACAGACCAGAAAGGAAAAAUGCACUUGGAAGGAAGUUCCUGUCUCAGUUCACAGAAUGUAUGAAGAAAGUCAAGUUUGACAAGAGCAUUCGAGUAGUUAUCCUUCGAAGUUUGGUGCCUGGGGUGUUCUGUGCAGGUGCUGAUCUGAAGGAACGUGCCCAGAUGACUGAUGCGGAGACUGGACCCUUUGUAGCUGGUCUACGGGCCUCUGUAAAUGACAUGGACAACCUCCCCAUGCCGACAAUCGCAGCCAUUGAUGGAGUGGCAUUAGGGGGCGGUACUGAAGUGUCCCUGGCUUGCGACCUACGAGUAGCAUCCACAACAGCCAAACUGGGUCUGGUGGAGACAAGACUGGCUAUUAUUCCAGGGGGAGGCGGGACACAGAGACUGCCCAGAAUCAUAAAUCCAGCUGUAGCUCGGGAGCUCAUGUACACGGCACGUGUGGUAGAUGGAAAAGAAGCUGAGAGAAUUGGACUGGUGAACCACUGUGUGGAGCAGAAUGAAAACGGAGAUGCUGGAUACCAGAGAGCACUGAAACUUGCCCAGGAAAUACUACCACAGGGACCAGUUGCUUUACGUAUGGCUAAGAUGGCAAUCAGCAGAGGUACUGAGGUUGAUCUUCACAGUGCUCUGUAUUUUGAAGAGGCAGGAUAUUCACAGGUGAUACCUACAAAGGAUCGCCGGGAGGCCAUGAAAGCUUUCAUAGAAAAGAGGAAGCCGAAGUUUGAGGGUCAUUAGUCUGGAUAAGUGUUCCGAACCCUACUCCAAGUGGAUAAAUGAUACAAUUUCUACAGAAGAUGGAAAAUUGUUUAAAAAGUCUUUCUCGGGUGAUCAGUAAUAGGAAUAUUACUGGGAGAUAAGCAGAGUUUCUUCUUUAAACAGAAGAGGUGUGUGAUAUUUAAAUUAACCUAGAGGUUGAUAUGCGAUUUUACUACUGAACAAAAUAUAUGUUAUCCUUGCUCUAGAUGUGUUUCGAAAGAUGUUUGUAGAGAUUGUGAAGAGCGAUGGGUCAAAAUAUAUUCAUUUUUGAUAAUUUCUAAAAGUGAUAUACAGAGUAUUCUAAGUCAAUGUGGGUUUUAUAUAAUAAUAUUGUAAAGUGUUCCUUGUAUUUGUUGCUUACUUCGGAACUAUGAAUAAGAUGUGAUCAAGGUAUAUAAUUUAAAUGCAAAAUUUAAUUGAAAGAAAGAAAACAAUUGAUUUAGACAAUUUAAAGAUGAGUAAAUAGAUUUGAUUUCAAUAAUCAUCAUUUUUUUAUCAGAACAAAAUUAUGACAAUCAUUUUGAAAAGAUUCAGGUGUCUUUGAAUUGUCUGUGUGAGCCAUGUCUCUACAUACCUGACAUUGAUUGACUGAAGAUAUGUAUCGGAUGCAUUUAUCAUUCCAGAAAGUUUUUCAUAGGUUUAC